AUCAUCUAAUUCAUCGCAUAAAAUUGAACUUUUUAUCCACUUCACAAGAACGAUCAACAUUUUUCUUUGGUUGGAGAUCAGAUGGGGAAGAGAGCAGUGAUGAUGGUAGCAAUGGUGUUGUGGGCUGCAAUUUAUAUGGAUUCAUGCACUUCCUGGAGUAGUAGUGCUGAUGAUUUAAUGGCAAGUGCCAAAGAAAAGGGAAAUCUGAUGGCUGAAAAUGCGAAAGAGAAGACGGAAGACGUCAAGCAGAGCACGACGGAGGGCAUGCACGACGCGAAGGAGACCGCGGAAUCUUGGACUGGUUGGGCUUACGAUAAGCUAUCAGAGGGAGUCGGGUUGAAAGGAAACCCGGGAGAAGCAGCUAAAGACAUUAUGGAUAAAGCAGGAGAUGCUGCUUCAAAGACUACAGAUACAAUGAACUCCGCUGCCUUCGAUGCUUCAAGGCAUGCUUCUGAAAAAACUGGUGAGAUGGCUAACAAGGCGUAUGAGAAAGGCGGUGACUUUAAGGACUUCGCUUCCGAGAAGGCGGAUCAAGUUAUAAAGAUGGCGACUGAUAAAGCGAAUGACGCCGGUGAAACAAUGUCAGAAGCAAUGGACUACGGGAAAGUCAAGAAUGUAAUGCAAAAGACCGGAGAAAAGGCUGGAGAUAUGAAGGAUUCUGCGACAGAAGCAAUGGAGUAUGGAAGAGAUAAAGCAGCUGAUGCUUAUAGUAAUAUGGGUUCUGAUAAUUAUCACCAUGCUAAAGAAAAAAUGAACAACGCAAUGGAUGAGGGAAGGAAUAGGGCAGCCGAUGCUUAUGAUGUUGCAUCAGAUUGGGGCAGUGAUGCUGCAGACUCUGUGGGUGAAGGAAUGGAGUACGGAAAAAGCAGAGCAAGUAAUGCCUAUCACGAAGCAAAACAAAAACUAAAGUCAGCUGCCGAUUUCGCGACAAAUAACGGAGACCAUCAUAAUGAGGCAAUGCAAGGAGUCGAGCAUGCGAAAGAGGGCAUUUCUCAUCUCCAUGGUGAAGCUAGAGAGAAAUUGAGCAAGGCUUCAGAUUUAGCCGCGGACAAGGCUAGUAAAGCCAUGGGGUAUGAAAGCAGGGACGGCGUCUUGAACGCUUUCGACGAAGCUGUGAAUAAAGUCGAAGAUUCAUACGAGUCGGCGAAGGAGACUAUGAGUGAUCAGGCAAAGACUACAUAUGAAGGUGCGAAAGAGAAGCUAUCGGACGCCACUGGUGCAGUUGGAGCUAAGAUGAGAGGGAUGUCUGAGCUUUAAAUGACUUCAAGUCUACAUUUGAUAUAUUAUGUUAAAUUAUUUUCAGCUUCUCUGAUUUUCAUCUCUGAUUAUAACAUUAUGUAAGACAGCCUUUUAAAUUUUUUGUCUGAUGGCAAUAUGUUCCCUCCAUUUGCUGCAAAUUUGGGUUAGGUUUGUUUUGGAAUCCAAAUCUGAAUUCUACUUUUUUUUUCUUUUAAGACUGUAGUUUGAGUUGUGGUAAUUAAAGUUCAUUUCUCUGGCCA